AUGCCCAAGACUGCGGCGAACGGGUCGGUUCCUGACGCCCCCAUUCCGUUGAACGAGAAGGAUCGCCUUGCAGCUAUUGCUCGUAGUCGGAUUAUGGGCCUAGAAGAUGCCUCCGAGCUGGAUAUGCUCUGUAAUCUGGCCGCCAGCCAGUUGGACUGCACCAUCAGCAUCGUGACGGCGGUCACUGCUGGCCAGAUGACGGUCUUGGGGUCGAACAAGGAGGAUCUAAGGCGAGUGACACUUCCACGUGAACACUCGUUCUGUCAGCAUACUGUGAUGACAUCCACGCCGUUGCUGGUGCCGCACCCUGAGGCAGACGUUCGCUUUCAGAACAUCAACGGACGCACUGCUUUCGAUGUGCGGUGUUACUGCGGGUUCCCGAUUGUUGAUGAGGACAACACAGUUAUUGGCUCGCUCUUAUUCGGCAAUGAAGAAGUUGGCUGA